AAGCCUCAGUCGCGGUUCGCGUCUCUCCAGUUAGUGAGCGACUUGUUUCCGGCUCGCAUCGAUCCGGGUCCGCCUCUUUGGUGGCUCCACAGCCUCGGAGGCCAGCCCGUUUACUUUGCGGACGGGACAGAAAGCAGCGACUGCUACUAAAGGUUUGGCUUUACCAUCUACUACUGUCACCACUACUGCUUGCUCAAGCACCAUGCUGUUUACCUCAGUAUCAAAUGCUCUUACAUCCACAGCGGCCUCGGAGCUCUCAUCUACAACUUCAACAACUACCACCACGACUGUUACCACCAAUACUACUACCACAAUUACUAGUGGCUUUAACUUGAAUCUAAGACCACUGACAUCACCUGGGAUUAAUACCACUGAUCCAGUCAGUGUUUCUUCUGUACCUCUUACUUCAACUGUUAAUUCAAUAAUAACACCAGUGAUGACAUAUGGUCAGCUGGAUGGUCUGAUAAACAAGUGGAGCCUUGAGCUAGAAGAUCAAGAAAAGUACUUUCUUCGUCAGGCCACCCGGGUCAAUGCUUGGGACCGCACACUGAUGGAGAAUAGUAAGGAGAUUUCUAUUUUACAUGGAGAAGUGGAAAAAGUGAAACUGGAUCAGAAAAGGUUGGAACAAGAAUUAGAUUUUAUCCUGUCACAACAGAGAGAACUAGAAGAUCUUUUGACUCCUUUAGAGAAGACUGUGAAGGAUCAAAGUGAGGCUGAUUAUCUACAGCAUGAAGAUAAGGAGUAUGAGAGGAUUUACAAAUUAGCAGAAACUAUAGAUGCUCAGCUGAAACAAAUGUCUCAAGAUCUCACGGACAUUACUGGUCACCUGAAUACAUUUGGAAGUCCUGCUGCCACUACUGAUCAGCUCCAGCAGAUCUGCAAAAUUCUGAAUGCUCAUCUAGACUCUCUGCAGUGGAUUAACCAGAAUUCAGGCAUGAUGCAAAAAAAGGUGGAAGAGAUAACAAAGAUUUUUGAGGAUUUUCAACGCAAGGAGGAGGAACGCAAUGUGAAGAUUUCCUUUGACUAAAGACCAUAUCUUUAGCAUACUGAUUUUGGAUUGUUUGUUUCCUAUAAAUUCUGAUGAUGUUGAAGUGUUUACAGUUACUACUUAAUCUUCAAUUGCAAUAAAAUGUGCAUGCUUUUUUAUCUGAAUACUAUGAUAUUGAGAAUUAUACUGUAGUUUUCUUCUCAGCAUUAAAUAAAACUUAUUCCCCUAGUACAGGCAGCAACCUAUUAGAUAUUGAUUCGGUAUGUGUAAUGCAUACCUUGUUCUCCUAGAUUCCACAUCCUUUCACUAAUACACAUCUUCCUUCUCACUCCAACUAAAAUAUGGAGAGAUGUCUGCCAAAAAGUACAUGCCAACCAAUCUUUACUGUGUGCUUUUUAGAUUCAGCAUAAAGUGCUAGAUACUGUGAAGCUUCUCUCUUUAAUAGAACUUACUAUCUAGUUUGAGAUAGAAUUAGUUUCUAUGUAAAAAUGAAUAUAGACAAUACAAGGAAGUAUGUUAUGAAUUACAGAAUGUAUAUUAUUGAAAUUCAGAGAAGGACCAGGUGUAUGGUGGUUUAUACCUAUAAUCCCAGUGACUCAGGAGGCUGAGACAAGAGGUUCGUAAGUGGCAUUGGCAACUUAGCAAGACCAUGUCUCAAGAUAAAAAUAAAAAGGGCUGGGAGGAUAGCUCAGUGGU